GCGGGCCAGUUAUAAGAUACACAUUAACACACCAAAACUGGACACCUAGUCUUUAUUUUGUCAUUACUAAAACCAGCUGAUGGUCCACCAAAUAUAGAGAGACGGUAUAUAUUUUAAUAGGCACCUUACCACUAAUCAUGCAAUCUUGAAUAUCAGAGCAAAAAACAAAGGAAGAGAAUGUCUGUAGGAGAAAGGCCUCCAACAAACUCCAACAUGUGGAGUCAAUCAUCCUUAUUAGGAAAGGAUCUAAAUCUGCACUCUAUGUCAAGUAUUAAGAAUUGCAAGGACAACAUGCGAAGAAGAUUCAACGACGAGCAAAUUCGGUCACUAGAACACAUGUUUGAGACAGAGGCAAGGCCUGAACUGAGAACAAAACAGCAGUUGGCUAAAAGCUUAGGCCUACAGCCGCGCCAAGUCGCUAUAUGGUUUCAGAACAAGAGAGCUAGAUCAAAGUCCAAGCAACUUGAGAUGGAGUAUAGAAUGCUUAAAAUCAGUUAUGAUAACCUUGGUUCAAAGUAUGAAAUGCUCAAAAAAGAGAAUGAAGCCCUCCUCAUCCAGUUGCAGAGACUUAGAAAGAUAACUGAAAAGGUUGGCAAUGGAGAGAUUCAGAAUGAAGGAAAUAAAUUAGAAACGGAGGUGAUCAAGUCAGAGUUCAUACCAGAAACUUGCAGUCCUGAAUUUGGCUUACCUUUGUGUGAAGACAGUAGGGAAAUUGACUACUUGGGGACAGAAUCUGAUAUUCUCAACAUGGCACAAAUAGCUUAUGGUUUAUCAGAAAUCGAGAACGAGUGUAACAUUGAGUCAAGAAUUUUUUUUGAUGAUUCUGAUUGUAGAUCACCCUUGUGGGAGUUUUAGUAUAGAACUUUGCUGUGUAACUUGUCAA